UCAUCUUUUUCUUAAGAGAAAUUAAUGGCCACGACGGGUUGUAGUAAGUGGGCCAUAGCCGUCCAUGGUGGGGCCGGAGUGGACCCAAACCUUCCUCUCGAGAGGCAGGGGGGAGGCAACGCCCCCCCCCCCUGCCUCGCCGCAGGCAUCGCCGCCCUACAAUCCGGCGAGCCGGCGGUCGACGCCGUGGAGCUUGUGGUAAGAGAAAUGGAGUCGGAUCCUUUCUUCAACGCCGGCAGAGGAUCCGUGCUUACUCGUAAUGGGACGGUGGAGAUGGAGGCGAGCAUAAUGGACGGGAAUGGACGGCUGUGCGGAGCCGUCUCCGGCGUCUCUACGGUGAAGAAUCCGAUCAGCUUGGCUCGGCUUGUCAUGGAAAGGUCUCCUCAUUCGUACCUCGCGUUUCAAGGCGCUGAAGAAUUUGCCCGUCAACAGGGUGUUGAAAUCAUGGAUGAGAGUUAUUUCAUCACAGAAGCAAACGUAAGCAUGUUAAAGCUAGCCAAGCAAGCAAACUCGAUUCUGUAUGACUACAAAGUUCCCGACACAUUUGGCGUUAGCGCCGUGCUCAUGAACGGCCUUCCAAUCGCCAUAUAUGCUCCAGAGACUGUGGGUUGCACGGCCGUAGAUAAAUACGGGCGAUGUGCGGCUGCAACGUCAACCGGUGGGCUGAUGAAUAAGAUAAACGGGCGAAUCGGUGACUCGCCGUUGAUCGGGUCAGGAACUUACGCAUGUAGAGACUGUGCCGUGUCAUGCACAGGAGAAGGAGAGGCAAUAAUUCGAGCGACACUGGCUAGAGAUGUGGCCGCCCUUAUGGAAUACAAGGGAAUGGGCUUGAAGGAGGCCGUGGAUUGUGCCAUUAAGGAGAAGUUGGACAAGGGCUUUGCGGGCUUGAUAGCUGUUUCAGCUAAAGGGGAAGUGGCUUAUGGAUUUAAUACUUCGGGAAUGUUUCGGGCUUGUGCUGAUGAGGAUGGUUUCAUGGAAGUUGCUAUUUGGGAGUAAGAGAUUAAAUACUUACUUCUAUGGAAUUUAUUACUUUUCAUCAUCAUUCAUCCAAUAUAUAAAUGUUUGUA